CCUCACGGCUGUCUGCUGCCCCCCUUCGUUUCUUCGCCAUGAGUCUCCUCCGCUGCUCCUUGCGGGUGGUAGGACCGACUCGCGAUGCCGGUCGGAUCGCAUCCCAGGGUCUCUUGAGACGCUCUCUCUCACCGCGUCUGUCCGGCGCUGGUCUCCGCGGCUUCAUCUCGUCUUCCCGCUCUGGCUCCGACAGCGCCGACUCUCAAUCUGCUCAUGCACCCCUCCACCGCUCCUCUUUUUCGGCCAACCGCAUUGAGGAUGCAGCAGCCAGCAAGGCCAGCUUGCUGUCCUCUCUCUCGACCAACAAUGCCUCCGUUCAGCCCGACUCCUCAGCCCGCAAACCAGCAUCAGACCACGACCCGACAUCAUCCUCUUCCUCUUCCUCCUCCUCCUCCCCCCCCGUUUCAAUUCCUUCUCCAUCGAUACAGACAGAGCUUCCACACCGCCGGAGGAAACGACUCAAGGAUGAAGCUGCAGCAGGCGACGCCGAAGCUGAACAUGUUAUUCCCCCCGACGCCUCCGCACAGCUGUCGGCCAUCUCCUCCGCUCUCCCCACCACGUCCCCGCGCCGCAAGAUGGCGGCCUUCCUCGCGCUCUGCAAGCCUCGAUUAUCCAUUCUCGUCGUCCUGACCACGACUACGGCCUACGGCAUGUACCCCAUCUCCACUCUCCUUGCGCUGGACCCGUCUAUGACCCCGCUUCCGACCCUCUCGACCUCCACGCUCACAUUCCUCUACCUGACGGUGGGCACCUUCCUCUCCAGUUGUUGCGCCAACACCAUCAACAUGUACCUCGAGCCGAAGUACGAUGCCCUCAUGUCGCGCACGCGCAAUCGCCCGCUGGUCCGCGGCCUGGUCUCCCGCCGCGGGGCGGUGCUCUUCGCUCUCGCAACCGCGGUCUCCGGGCUGGGCCUGCUCUACUUCGGCACGAACCCCACUGUCACCGCCCUGUCUGCCGGGAACAUCAUUCUCUACGGCUUCAUCUACACUCCCCUCAAGCGCAUCCACGUGAUCAACACCUGGGUCGGGGCUAUUGUCGGCGGGAUCCCGCCGCUGAUGGGCUGGGUCGCCGCCGCCGGCCAGACCGCGACGACCGGCCAUGACACCUGGCGCGACAUGCUCUUCAGCGAAGACAGCAUCGGGGGUUGGCUGCUGGGCGGGAUUCUCUUCGCCUGGCAGUUCCCCCACUUCAACGCCCUCUCCCACACCAUCCGCGAGGAAUACAAGCGCGCCGGCUACAAAAUGCUGUGCUGGAAGAACCCGGCCAUGAACGCGCGCGUCGCUCUGCGCUACUCGGUGCUUAUGUUCCCCAUCUCCAUCGGCCUGUGGUGGGUCGGCGUCGUCGGCCACGGGUUCCUGGUCAGCAGCUCCCUCGCCAACGCCUGGCUCGUGAAGGAAGCCUACCGCUUCUGGAAGUUCCAGGGCGGCCAAGGCAGCGCCCGCGGCCUCUUCUGGGCGAGUAUCUGGCAGUUACCGGUUCUGUUGGUGGGCGGCCUAGUCACCAAGAAGGGCCUCUGGGAUGGCGUGUGGCGCCAAGCCUUCGGACAGCCCGAGGAUCCCGAGGAUGAUGAGGCCGAUUAUAUGUAUCUGGAUGAAGAGGAGGAAGCUGCUGCUUCUGCUGCUGCUGCUGCCGCUGCUCGGCCUUAGGAUUGACACCUAGUAAUCCUAAGAAGCGCGGAUUCUGUCCGGUUCGACGAAAUACAAACUCAAUGUAAAACAGAGAAAAGACAUAGAAUGAUUGGCAUGGCUUCGGAGAAGAGAAUGCGGCGGUGGUAUUAUAUACUCUUUGUUCUUUUGAUUUGUCCACUCCUUUCGCUUCCUUCAACCACGAAGUUUUGGUCUUGUGUGUAUUUAGAUUCCCUGUUCUGUCGGAAUGUGGACGGCGUUUAUUUUGUGGUGUGUCUGUUGGUUUGUUCUGGUACCUCUUGUAUAACAGCCGCCUUUUCUUGGGGUAUGAUUAUCUCCUGACUUUGUAUGUCUAUCUAGUCCGCUGGUAGUGUCGACGCGUAGCUGAUGUGCGGGUUGCAACCAGAGAAAGAUGGG